UCGUAGUUUGCGAGUUUGUAGUUACCGGGAGGGUGCGGGGCUGGAGGGAGAUUGGUUGCCGAACACGACAGUAAACACAGAGCUUUUGACAUCUCUUUCAGUACCGAACGUGAAGAUGCCAUCUGCGAACGUUGGCGACUAUGCUUUGCAGUCCUCCAGUCCAGAGCUGGGUUCUGCUCAGACGGCAGGAGCUCCAUCUGAGGCCUUGAAGCAAGUUCUUAGCAUCAUUGAGAAGAAGGUCCGAAACAUGGAAAAGAGAAAGAGCAAGCUGGAAGACUACAAGACAAGGAAGAGCAAAGGAGAACACCUAAAUCAGGAUCAGUUGGAGGCCUUGUCCAAAGCACAGGAGGUAUCGCACAACCUUGAGUUUGCUCGAGAGCUGCUCAAGAACUUCACUUCUUUGAAUCUCGAGAUCCAGAAGGCGGUGAAGAAGGCGGCGCGGCGGGAGCACCUGAGGCGAGAGGAGGAGGAGCGGCGGCGGCUGAAGGCUGUGCUGGAGUUGCAGUACGUGCUGGACCGGCUGGGCGAGGAGCGCGUGAGGCAGGAGCUCAGGCAGGUGGUGGGCAGCAGCGGCGACGGCCCUCUGCUCACCGAGGCUGAGCUCAGUGGCCUGGACGAGUUCUACAAGCUGGUCGGCCCCGAGCGAGACCCCAGUGUGAGGUUAACUGAUCAGUUUGAGGAGGCGUCUGCGCAUUUGUGGGAACUCCUGGAAGGAAGAGAGAAAGCUGUGGCAGGAAGCACAUACAAAGCCACGAAGGAGACCUUGGACAAGAUCCUGCUGAGCGGGUACUUUGACCGGACACAGACGCACCAGAACGGGGUGUGCGAGGAUGAGGAGGAGGAGGAGGAGGAGGAAGUAGAGCCUCAGGCCGCUCCUGCCAAGACUGUGGAGGUGGAAGUGCAGCCCGCAGAGCCAGUGGGGCCCGUCACUCAAGAGUUCACGGAGACCAUCGAGGUGGAAGCCACAGAGUUUGUAAACCGGCAGUUCAUUCCAGAGGCCGCCUACACUGGCACUGACAAAGACCAGAGUGGGCAGUGGGACGUCAGCGCAGAGGUUGUGAGCUCCCUCUCUCAGCAGCCAGUGCCUCCUCCGGCCGUGAGCCCAGCCCUCGUCAGCUCUGAGGCGCAAGCACUCAACCCCGUGCUGCCCCCGCCCUCCUCUGCUGCUGACCCGCUGGUCCGGAAGCAGGCCGUGCAGGACCUGAUGGCUCAGAUGCAGGGCACCUACAACUUCAUGCAGGACUCGAUGCUGGAGUUUGACGGACAGCCCCUGGAUCCCGCCAUCGUGUCUGCGCAGCCCAUGAAGUCUGCACAGAUGGUCUGCGCCCCAGCUCCCACAGAACCCAGACUCCCCCAGCACAGUGCAGUUCCUGUUCUUGCGGAACCCACGCAGGUUUCUAUGGUGUCACCCUCUGACACAUACUCCUCCACACCACCAAUCUACCAGUCCCAUGGCUCUGAUGCCCGCCCGCCCACUGAACCCAUGGACCCCCUCCAGGUGUCCAUGGCCCUGUCGUCUGAGCCGGCGCCUGCCCCCUCUCAGCCUCAGGGCUUUCAGUCCGUUUCCAAACCCCUCCACAGUGGCAUCAACGUUAACGCUGCACCGUUCCAGUCCAUGCAAACGGUGUUCAAUCUGAACGCCCCGGUUCCUCCUUCCAAUGAGAUGGACUCUCAGAAGCUGUCCAGCCAGUACCAGAGCAGUUACCCACAGGCCUUUAGCACUCAGCCCUCCCAUCUGGUGGAGCAGCAGGAGUUGCAACAGGAAGCUCUGCAGUCCGUUGUUGGAGCGUUCCAUUCUCAAGACCAAGGCAUUUCAUCCUCUGGAGGCCACCAGUCCAUGGCCCAGCCGCCCUCGGGCCAGGCGUCCGGCUUUGGCCGCCAAGCACAGUCCUUCUACAGCAGCCGGGCAGUGCCACGCGCCGGGCCCCGCGGCACCAGAGGCACCAUGAACGGCUACCGCGGCCCGUCCAACGGCUUCAGAGGUGGAUACGACGGCUAUCGCCCACCCUUCCCCAACUCUCCGAACUCUGGGUAUGGACAGACCCAGUUCAGCACUCCGCGAGACUACUCCAGCCCCACCUACCAGCGGGAAGGAUAUCAGCAAAGCUUCAAGAGAGGAGGCUCCCAGGGGUCUAGGGGAAGCUCUCGAGGACGUCCAUACAGGCCGGGUAGAGGGAUGGGUGUCGUGGCUGUUCAGCAGAGCAGCUAACCCCAGCCCAGGACCUUCAGGCUUGCUCACCAACUCUCACUUCACACUUCCCCUCUUCGCCUGUGGCAGCCUGAGCUCCACUCCAGCGGUCUUGGUCCACGUAGCCAGUAAGGACACAAAUAUUCGGGGUACAUGAUAGAAGCCAUAGCACAUCCAGCACUGUAUGUUUUUAGUUCUUUUCUCGGUUACAUGCUGUUGCAUAGCCAUAAAUCUCUCCAGCAGGAGAGUUUGUGCCUUUGUGUUUGGGCUUGUUUACCUUGGACCAGAAUAGACAAGGAUUUAUUCAAAAGUAGCCAAAGGAAAUGUUUAAACAAAUGUGAAGAAUCAACUAUGUACUGUAUUGUAAUUUUUUUUUGUUGCCAUUUAGUUUAUAGUUUAUGCAUCAUGUUCAGUGUGACGGAAUGAGUGAUCCUUAAAAUUACACUUUUUUUGAAUAGCAGUGUAACUGUGGUUAAUUGCACAAUUACAAUUUAGCUGCAGAUAAACAGUUUAGAACUUACAAAAUUUCCAAACAAUUUCUCUGCAAACUCAGUCACGAUGGUCCCAGUAUUACCCAUAAAGCAUCCAAUGUGCGGAGAUAAAACUGUUACAUAGUUUGUUUCUCUAAGUAUCAAGAAAAUGGGCCACUUUCACUAAAAUAAUUACCAGUGGAAUGCCUCAAUUUUAAAAUUUACAGAAGCAUGCAAAGUUCUGUGUAACCAAAACAGUUGUAACAUGUAAACAAAAGGUACUGAUGUUGUGCAAAUACUUCAGUGAUAUAGUACACCUCACAAUAACACUUACUUUAAUGUUUUUAAUAUAUUUCAAGGAAUCUAAUGUCCCCUUUACGUAGCAGAUAAAUUGAAACAGGAAUUUACAGCAAUAUGAACUUUGGAUUUCUUGGCACUCUGUUUACGGCUUGACACGGCUGUUGUGUAUUAGCUGGAUUUUUAAGCGCUCCAUGUGUAAUUUUGAGAAAAGACUGGUCUUGGAUUACUCUGCCAUCAGGGAAAAUUGCACAUUAAAAUUCCAAAGUUCCACCUUAACCCAGGACUAGAUUUUAUCUACUGGACCUGUCAUCGUGUGUUGUCAGGGGAUUGGCCAAUGAGGUUUGUUGUUGUGGGAUUUUGUUUUUUACCAUAAGAAUUAUGAAUUGUCAAUAUCUGUAUACUUUAUUAAUGCUUUUAACACUUUGACAGCCAAAACCUGCUUUAUUGGUUUUGAUGGCCAAAUUUGUCAUUAUUUCCUUGAUUAAAGUCCUGACUGACACUUCAA